GGGUGUGAUACACUUUCACUUCCGGAUUUGGGCCAGUGGGAGGGCCUGACCUGCCAUAUAAAGCAGAGCACGCCUGGUUCAGAUCAGAGGAAGUGAGAGACAAAGGACAGUAAGCUGUUGAAUCACUUCACUCGCAAGAUGUUGAGGGUAACUCUGUGGUUACUCGUGGGAGGGUUUGCGUGUGCGUCCCACUCCAUCAUAUGUCCAGAUGGGAACAUCUGCUCUGAUCUCGCCACCUGCUGUAUGACUACACUUGGGUACAGCUGCUGCAACUAUCCACAAGCAGUGUGUUGCUCUGACCAGGCCCACUGCUGCCCUUCCGGGUUUCAUUGCAACCUCGUUACCAAGAUGUGCAUCAAAAACCCGUUGCUGAUGAUACCCAUGGUGAAGAAGCAAGCUGCAGAGGAACCGAGCCGCCCUGCUCUACCUGUUUCUCCACUUCAGAGGCCCGUGAACGACCAAGUGCCAGAGCAACAGAAGAGCUCCGUUGUUCGCUGUGACAGCUACUACGUGUGUCCUGAUAGAACAACGUGCUGCAGACACCCAACAGGGGCCUGGUUCUGUUGCAUGUACACUUAUGGAAGGUGUUGUCUGGAUGGCUAUCACUGUUGUCCGUAUGGCUACAACUGUGACCUCACGUAUACGCGCUGUGUGGCGCAAGGCCUGAGGUAUCCGUUCUCCCCCCACAAAAGUAUGUCGUCAAUGCCUGCCUCUCUCAUUUCGCCUUCAGAGGGAAAAAGCAGCUUGCAAGAGACAUCAAUGACCGUGCUGACAGAAGCCAGGGAGGUCAUCAAUGAGGAUGGAGCCAUUCGCUGUGAUGACCAGUUUUACUGCCCAGCGGGGACAACUUGCUGCAAGGGACCCAGAAGCCGAUGGAGCUGCUGUCCUUUCCCACUGGGCCAGUGUUGUGCAGAUGGUGUGCACUGCUGUGGUUAUGGAUUUACAUGCGACCCCACCUCCCUGACAUGCAAGAAAAAGUACUCGGAGAUCCCCUCACGAGCACAGGAAGACGCCAAAACAGCACUGUGACAGUUUUGCCAUAACAUAUUUCGUUACAUUUUUCAGAUGAAAUCUAAUGCAUCAUCAUCUAUAGAUAACGGAUACUUUGGGGAAUAAUGUGCUUAUGACUUUAAAAAAUGAUUUCUCUCCAUAGUGAAUACCUUUUGUGAGUUAUCUGUAUUGGUUCUCACAAGGGAUGGGAUGUAAACAAUUGUUCUCAAUAACCAGCUCUGCAAGAUUCCAUACAAAAUGUGGUAGCCAAUUGUUGUGGUUUCAGAGCUAUGUUGAGACUUUUUAAUCAAAUGAUCUCUUUAGCAAUAGACAUGGAAAUCAUAUACCUGUACAACCAUAAUCUUUUCUAACAACGCAACUAAUUGAAUACCUGCAAAUACAUGAACUUUAAAUAAAACUUUUAGGCAGAUAAGACUUUUUUUGUGUUGUAUAUCUUAAAUAAAUAAAUAUAUAUUC